AUGAUGAGCCUUAAGGCCGAAAAGACCAAUAAAGGAAACCCAGCUGGACCGAUGGCGAAACUCCGUAGUCGUCCAAGGGUUCUGUUGGCCUGUGCUGCCUUGGUGCUGCUGCUGGGCGUGUGCUGCGGGGCGCCCGACCUGUCCUAUUCCUCCUCCAGCAGCGGUAACGGAAGGAACGGCCACGGUGGAAACGGAGGCGGACAUGGUGGCAACGGAGGAAACGGAGGCAGAUAUGGAGGCAAUGGAGGAAGCAACGGGUUUGGCAGCAACGGCCGCAACGGAGGCAACGGCCGCUACGGCGGUACCAACGGCGGUUUCAACGGUGGUUCCAACGGCGGCUUCAACGGUGGCUCCAAUGGAGGUUAUGGUUCCAAUGGGGGUUCCAACGGCGGACAUGGAGGUUCUAACGGAGGGUUCAAUGGUGGAUCCAACGGAAGAUACGGUAAUUCCAACGGCGGCUUCAACGGUGGCUCCAAUGGUAGCUAUGGUUCCAACGGCGGAAAUGGAGGUUCCAACGGAGGUUUCAACGGCGGUCACGGCGGUUCCAACGGCGGUUCCAACGGCCGUCCCAUCACCUACGGCAAGUGA